CUUAAUCCUUUUCUGCAUUUGCUUCAAUUUUGCAUUCGGAUAUUUCUAUCCUAAUAAAAUAGGAUUAAUUUGAUCUACAAUAAUAACAGUCAAAGGUUAAAGCCCUUACCGAAGUGGACAUGCUGUUGGCUGUGUUUCACGAGUUCGCUCACCCAGAAGUCCUCAAAGAGGUCGAAAAGCAGGGAAUUUGCGACGUCGAAGUACGCCCAGAACCAACUCUCACUGCAACUACCCCAGAGGAGCAGCAGCUUCUGCGCACCAAUGCGAAGCUCAUGACCAUGAAUCGUUGCAUUACAGGCCUAGCGACCCCUUCUGAAACUUUCACCCAGGACGAAGUCAUGCUCAUGCAGGAGGAAGUUGACAGAAAGUUGGACGCCUUAGUUCGUUUAGGAUUCAAAGUGGAGGAAAGGCAUCCAAGGACCUCAGCGGGAUACGCUAUGCUGGAUCGAGUAAUUCUCACUUUUCCUGAAUAAAAGCUCGUUUAAGAUUCAUGUGCGUGACGUGUCCACAAUGAAAUACAUUAGUCUGGUAUCGUUUGAAUAGUAUAUAUAUACAUAUAUAUGCGCAUAUAUGUAUUCAAAUGACCGAUCUUGUUUUUCAGCUUUACUAAUAUCUGCAUCCUAAGUUGCACGGCAAAGUAUUUAAAAAAAAAUGAAA